AUGAGCUUCCAUGGAGAUUUCCUCAAACAUCAACAACGUCUCCUUCAACUUCUCCAAUCCUGCUCAAAACUUCGCUCUCUUAACAAAACAAAGCCUCUCCAUGCACUCACUAUUACGCUUGGCCCAAACGCAGAUCAAUCCACCUAUAUUUACAACAAUAUCAUCUCUCAAUAUGCACUAUUCAACCAAUUGCCAUCGGCACACAAAGUGUUUGACAAUAUGCCUCAUAGAAACAAAGUUUCGUAUAAUUCCAUCAUUAGCUGUUAUAGUAAAUAUGGUUGUUUAGAGGAAGCUUGGAGAACUUUUUAUGAGAUGAUUGAUUGUGGGUUUAGGCCAAAUAACUUUACUUUGUCCGGGUUAUUAUCAUGUGCUUCAAUGGAUGUCGGACUUGCGGUUAUGUUGCAGGCAUUGGCAAUAAAGAAUGGGUUGUUCAGUAGUGAUGCUUUUGUGGGCACUGCUUUGUUGGGUUUAUUUGGAAAAUGUGGGUGGUUAGUUGAAGCAUUCGAUGUUUUUGAGGAUAUGCCUAAUAAAAGCUUGGUGACAUGGAAUUCGAUGAUAUCGUUGUUGGGGCAUAAUGGUUUUGUGGAAGAUUGUGCUGUUUUAUUUCGUGAGCUUAUUAGGAAAGAGGGUUCUUUGUCUGAAUGUUCUUUUGAGGGUGUUUUAUCAGGGUUGGUGUGUGAAGGAGAUUUGGAAAUCGGAGGACAAGUACAUGGCUUGGUCAUCAAAAGUGGGUUUGGUUGUGAAGUUUUAGUUGUGAAUUCUCUUAUCAAUAUGUAUGUGAAAUGUGCAAGCAUGUACCAAGUGGAGAAAUUGUUUCAGGAAGUAGAUGGUAGGGAUGUAGUAACAUGGAACACAAUAAUUAGCGCAUUCUCCAAAAGUAAUAACCCUGGAAAAGCACUAGAACUCUUCAUGAAAAUGUCUGAGGAUGGAAUAAUGCCUAGCCAGACCACAUUUGUAAGUGCCAUCAACUCUUGCACCCUUUUACAGGUCCUGAUGUCUGGAGAAUAUGUACAUGCUAAAAUAAUGAAAAGUGCUUUUGAAACAGAUGUUUAUGUUGGUAGUGCCUUGGUUGACUAUUAUGCUAAAAGCGAUAAACUGGAUUAUGCCCAUUGCUGCUUUCACGAGAUACAUCAGAAGAAUGUGGUGUCUUGGAAUUCUUUGAUGUUGGGUUAUGCAAAUAAAUGCUCUUCUGCUUCUGUUUCUCUGUUGCUAGAAAUGCUUCAGUUUGGUUUCCGACCAAACGAAUUUUCAUUUUCUGCUGCUCUUAAAUCAGCCUUGUUGUUAGAACUAAAGCAGAUUCAUAGCCUGACUAUAAAAAUGGGUUAUGAGAAUAAUGAAUAUGUAUUGAGCUCCCUUAUUACCUCCUAUGGCAGGAAUGGGGUUAUAUCUGAUGCAUUAAUCUUUGUUAAAGCUUCUGAAACACUACUUGCCGUUGUUCCUUUCAACAGUAUUGCUGGAAUUUAUAACAGAUCUGGCCAAUACUUUGAGACAUUAAAGUUCCUUUCUCAGCUUGAAGAACCAGACACUGUGUCUUGGAACAUUGUUAUUGCAGCUUGUGCUCGCAAUGGAAAUUAUAAAGAGGCUUUCGAACUUUUUAAGCACAUGCAUAUGGCUCAAAUUCAUCCAGACAAUUACACAUAUGUAAGUCUUCUAUGUGUGUGUAGUAAGCUCUCUAACCUUGCUCUGGGCAGUUCUAUUCAUGGUCUCCUCAUCAAGAGUAAUUUCAGUUUUUUUGAUAUUGUUGUCCGCAAUGUGUUGAUAGACAUGUAUGGUAAGUGUGGCAACCUUGAAAGUUCUGUAAAAAUCUUUAACAGUAUGACAGAUAGAAACCUCAUUACAUGGACAGCUCUAAUUUCAGCCCUUGGAGUUAAUGGUUGCGUUCGUGAGGCAUUAGAAAGGUUCAAAGAAAUGGAAUUUCUAGGGUUUCGGCCUGAUAAGGUUGCUUUUAUUUCAGUGCUUACAGCAUGCAGACAUGGUGCUUUAGUGAGAGAAGGGAUACAGUUGUUUGAUAAAAUGAAUAGUCACCGGAUUGAACCAGAGAUGGAUCAUUAUCAUUGUUUUGUGGACUUAUUGGCUAGGAAUGGACAUCUUGAUGAAGCAGAGAAAGUAAUUUCCUGCAUGCCUUUCCCACCAGAUGCCCAAGUAUGGCGUAGUUUUCUUGAAGGUUGCAAGAGACAUAGAAAUACAGAGGAUCAUACAGUGAGAGCCUAA